AUGCUCCGCCACUCGGCUGGCAGGAAUUCGGAGCCUCCCGUGGUGGCGUCGUCGUCGGGCAUGCACGGGCGUCCCGCCUUCCUGGAGGCAUCCCCUCCGAAGCUGACCCUGACUCUUACCCCUGAGAGCCAGGCGACCCUCCAGCAGGCGGAUGCCCUGGCUACCAGCGGCAACUUCCACGAAGCCUUCGGGCUGUACCAGGUUCUGUACCAGCAGCGGCAGCUGAGCUCCGAGCACCUCGACACUUUGGUGCGCUGCCUGGCCGAGAGCAUCCGGCGCCGAGAGGGGCUCCUCGCCCCCGGGGCGCAGGACAGCGACGCGAGCCAGCACCCCCAGGAGGUGGCGACCUCGGUGGAUGUGGCGGCGGCAGUCGCCAAGUCGCCCACAACGCCCUGGGAUGGGUUCCGAUGCCGGAAAUGCCAAGGUUUCCUGUCCGAUCCAGUGUCCCUAGCCUGCGGACACACCUUCUGCAAAGUGUGCCUGGAGCAAGAGCGCCGCUGCACCCUGUGCUGUGUCCCUGGGCCUGAGGUCGCCAGCUGCAGCGCGGGCACCUCGGGCGAGUCACUGCCGCCGCCGCCUCCUCUGCCCGUGCCGGUGCCGCCGCCGCCCAUGCCGCGCCUGCGGGUCAAUGUGCUGCUCAGCAACUUGCUGACCAAGUGGUUCCCGGGCCCAACCCAGGCGUCGCGGCUCCGCCACGAAGGCAACCGUCUGUACCAGGAGCACAAGCCGGAGCAGGCUCUGGAGAAGUACUGCGAGGCGCUCGAUCUAGCUCCAAAUGACUACUUGCUCUAUAGCAACCGAUCUCAAAUCAAUACUGUCUUGAAACGUCCUGAAGCUGCAUUGCAUGAUGCUGACAUGGCCUGCAGACUCCAGCCACGUUGGCUGAAGGGUCACUUACGCAAAGGCCAAGCCUUAGCCAUCCUGGGAAAUACAGAAGAAGCCGUCAGGGAGUUCCUGUUCUGUGUGGCUUUGGAUGAGGAGAAUAGGCUGGCCAGAUGUGAAGCUGCCAAGCUCCUGUUAAGUUUAUUCUCACCCAUCCCUGGGAAUACCCAGGAGCGCUUAGCAAGCAGCCUCCAACUGCAGUCCAGCAGCUCUAGACCAAAAAGCACUGCCGUGGCUUCCCAGUCCUGUGGAGCUGCCAGCAGAGAUGAACCUCAACUGCCAGGAUUGGUCCAGGAGAUUGACAAAUACCCUCCUGCUCAGGAGGAGCCAGACCCUUCUGGCUGCGUUGGCCUGGAUUAUAUGGAAGAGAGGAAAGAAGAGGAGUACGAGGAGCUAGAGAAACAGAAUCUAGUAGUCAGGCUCAAGGAGAAGAGACAGGAUGCAGUGUUCCAGGCCCAGGAGGAGGAGGAGGAGGAAGAGGAAGAGAGACAGGUUCUGGAAGCCCUAUCCAGGGAGACAAGACAGGCUACAAUUGUCCAUCUCCAGGAGGAGGAGAUACAGGUUCUGGUGACCCAGCCUGAGGAGAGACAGACCCUGGUCAUCCAGCCUGAGGAGGAAGAGGAGGAGGAGGAGGAGGAGGACGAGGAGGACGAGGACGAGGAUGAGGAGGAGAUACAGGCUGUGGUGGUCCAGGGAGAGGAGGAGGAGAUUCGAGCGGUGGUGGUCCAGGGAGAGGAGGAGGAGAUCCGAGCGGUGGUGGUCCAGGGAGAGGAAGAAGAGAUUCAGGCUGUUGUGGUCCAGCCUGAAGAGGAGAUGCAGGCUAUGAUGGUCCAGGUCAAGGAGGAGGACAUACAGGUUCCAGUGUUCCAGCCCAAGGAGGAGGAAGGAGAGAUCCAGGCUGUAGUGGUCCAGCCCAAGGAAGAGGAGAUAGAGAUUCCUGUAUUCCAGCCCAAGGACGAAGAGAUUGACAUUCCCGAUUUCCAGAUUAAAGAGGAGCCGAUAGACAUUCCCGAUUUCCAGCUGAAAGAGGAGCCGAUAGACAUUCCUGAUUUCCACUUCAAGCAGGAACAGGAGGAGGAUAUAGACUUUCCCACAUUUCACCUCAAAGAGGAGGAAGAGCUAGACUUUCCCGAGUUCCAGCUCAAGGAAGAGGUGGAGGAGAUCGACUUUCCCGAGUUCCAGCUCAAGGAGGAGGAGGAGGAGAUAAACUUCCCCGAGUUCCAGCUCAAGGAAGAAGCAGAAGAUUUAGAUUUUCCUGAGUUCCAGCUUAAGGAGGAAGAUGAGGAUUUAGACUUUCCUGAGUUCCGGCCCAAGGAGGAAGAAGAAGAUUUAGACUUUCCUGAGUUUCAGCCUAAAGAAGAGCCAAUAGACCUUCCAGACUUCCAGAUCAAAGAGGAACCAAUCGACAUUCCAGACUUUCAGAUUAAACAGGAGGAGGAGGACGAGGAGGAGAUACCAGUUCUGGUGGCCCAGCCCGAAUCAGAAGAGGAAACACUGGCUCUCAUGGCCCAGCCUGAUGAGGAGGAGACACUGGCUCUGAUGGCCCAGGCUUUGGAGCAAAAGAGACAGGCUUGCAUGUCCCAUCCCGAAGACAGACAUGCUUUUGUGUUCCAGCCCGAAGAGACACAGACUUCCAUGUCCCAGUCCGAAGACGGACAUGCUUUUGUGUUCCAGCCCGAAGAGACACAGACUUCCAUGUCCCAGUCUGAAGACGGACAUGCUUUUGUGUUCCAGCCCGAAGAGACACAGGCUUCCAUGUCCCAGUCCGAAGUGGGACAUGCUUUUGUGUUCCAGCCCGAAGACACACAGGCUUCUGUGUCCCAAUCCGAAGAGACACAGGCUUCCAUGUACCAGCCUGAAGAGGGACAGGCUUUUAUGUUCCAUCCUGAAGAGGGACAGGCUCCUGUGUUCCAGCCCGUAGAGGGACAGGUUCCUAUGUUCCAGCCCGAAGAGACACAAGCUUCCAUGUGCCAGCCCGGAGCCGGACAGGCUUUUAUGUUCCACCCUGAAGAAGGACAGGCUCCCAUGUUCCAGCCCGAAGAGGGACAUGCUUUUAUGUUCCAGCUUGAUGAGGGACCUGAUUCAGUGUUCCAGCCCGAAGAGGGACACGCUUUUCUGUUCCAGCCCAAUGUGGGACCGGAUUCAGUAUUUCACCCCAAUGGGGGACAGCCUGAAGAGUACCAGGCUUUUAUGUUCCAGCCUGAUGAAGAAGAGGUUUCCUUGUUCCAGGAAGAGAGGAGACAGGCUUCGGUGUCACAGACCAGAAAGAGACAGGCUUCGGUGUCGCAGACCAGAAAGAGACAGGCUUCUUCAUCCCAGCCCAGAAAGAGACAGGCUUCAGGGUCCCAGCCUGGAAAGAGAUACAGUUCCUCAUCCCAGCCUGGGAAGAGACAGGCUUCUUCAUCCCAGCCCAGAAAGAGACAGGCUUCUUCAUCCCAGCCUGGAAAGAGACAAGGUUCCUCAUCCCAGCCCAGAAAGAGACAGGCUCGGGUAGGCCAGCCUAAAGAGGAGAAGAAACAGGUACGAGUGACCCAGCCCAAGAAGAGAAAGGCUCCAGCAAUCCAGCCAAAGGAUAAAAAGAAACAGUCUGCAGUGACCCAGCCCAAGAAAAAGAAACAGAUUCCAGUCACCCAGCCCAAGAAAAAGAGACAGACCCCAGUGACCCAGACCAAGAAGAGAAUAGGGCGGGUGGUCCAAGCCAAGAAGAAAGCAAGUCGAGUGGUCCAAGCCAAGAAGAGACAGGCUCUGGACACCCAGGCCCAGAAGAGACAGACUCAAGGGGCCCAGGCCAAGAAGAGACAGGUUGAAGCGGCCCAGGCCAAGGAGGAGGAGAACAAAGAGCCCCAGAAACGUCAACUGCCAAGACGGAAACGCAGCCCCUCACAGUCCUUAGACUCUGAAGUACCAUGCAAGAUUCCCAGGACAGAUUCAGAUGACUCCCAGGGUGGGAAUCAUGCUCACAAUGUUCCCUUUGAAUCUUUCGACCCAACUGACCUGGAUUGUCCUCUCUGCAUGAGGCUGUUCUAUGAGCCUGUCACCACCCCCUGUGGACACACCUUCUGCAUGAAAUGUCUUGAAAGAAGCUUGGAUCACAACCCCAAGUGUCCCCUGUGCAAAGAAGGCCUUGCAGAGUGUGUAUCUGUGAGGAAAUGUAGCAAAAAUUUACUGAUGGAGGCAAUGAUAGCCAAGUACCUGCCUGAUGACCUCAGUGAGCGCCGCAGGAUUUACGAGGAGGAAAUGGCAGAACUCUCCAACAGCCUGAGUAAGAAUGUGCCUAUAUUUGUGUGCACCAUGGCCUACCCCACUGUGCCAUGCCCCCUACACAUCUUCGAGCCUUGCUACCGCCUUAUGAUUCGAAGAUGCAUGGAGACCGGCAGCAGGCAUUUCGGCAUGUGCAUUGGCGACUCCGCCAGAGGGUUUGCAGAAUAUGGUUGCUUGCUGGAGAUAAGAAAUGUUGAAUUCUUUCCUGAUGGUCGCUCCGUGGUGGACAGCAUUGGUAAGAGGAGGUUUAAGGUGCUACGGCAGAGCCAGAGGGAUGGCUACAACACAGCCGACAUCGAAUAUGUUGAGGAUCAGAAGGUUGAAGGGGAAGAGUAUAUCAGAUUGCUGAACCUGCACAGCUCCGUAUAUGAUCAAUCACUUGCCUGGUUUGAUUCGCUCAAACAAGCGCUCCGGAGCCGCAUUCUGGGCCACUUUGGUCCCAUGCCACCAAAAGAUCUGGAUCCACAGGUCAACCCCAAUGGCCCUUCCUGGUGCUGGUGGAUCCUGGCAGUCCUUCCGCUUGAAAGUAGGGCUCAGCUCCCUUUCUUAUCCAUGAAGUCCCUGAAGAACCGCUUGAAUGGCAUCCAGCGGGUCCUGAUGUUCUUGGCCCGCAACCAAAACCCAAACCAAGUCCAAGUCCAUGUCCAAGAUGAAGAUCAAGACCAAGACCAUGACGAAGAACCAAUGCCAGGCCCGAGCCACGAACCAAUGCCAAGCCCAAGCUACGAACCAAUGCCAGGCCCGAGCCAACAACCAACACCAGGCCCGAGCCAAGAACCAGUGCCAGGCCCGAGCCAAGGACCAGUGCCAGGCCCGAGCCAAGGACCAGCGCCAGGCCCGAGCCAGGGCCCGAGCCAAGGCGAAGACCAGGGCCAAAACCAAGGCGAAGACCAGGGCCAAAACCAAGGCGAAGACCAGGGCCCAGACCAAGGCGAAGAGCAGGGCCAAAACCAAGGCGAAGACUCAGCACUGUUGCCUUGCUUUCCUCCUGUGGCCCACACUGGAGAAGACCUAGAGGCUGCUGAGGCCGAGCCCUGUGAAUUAUAUUGCCCCUUGAACCUCACCUCAGACACUGUUGGCAGUGGUUUCUGUGUCUGCAUAGAGCUGUUGACGUGA